GACGUCACGGCGGCAGCGGGAGGCGGAGGAGCCGGGAUUGCGCAGCCCCGCCGCAUUGCCAGGGAUGCAGCUGUGAGCCGCCGCCGCCGCCGCGGAGGAGGAGGAGGAGGAGGAAGGGCGGCUGCCAGCCCGGGCCCUGCGCUGGAGAGGGCGAAGGUCUCUGAAUGCCUCAAUGAGUUGGAAGUUUGUGGUCUCUCCUGCCCACCAAAGUCCUUCCAUGGAUAGCUUCAGUGCUGCAGGAGCCCCGGAGAGCACUGAUUAUGAUGGAUAGCCCCCCAAAGCUGAUUGGAGAAACACUGAUUGUCCACCACAUCCCCCUGGUGCAUUGCCAGGUGCCUGACCGAGAGUGCUGCAGCACUAGCAAAAGGACCAACCCUUUCUGCCUGUCUGAAUUGGGGGCCCCACGGACCAGCUCCCUCCCAGAGCAGGACCUCUUGCAGACGGACUCCCUUGUCUACAGCAGUUUGCUUCAGGCUUCAGAUGCAAAACUGGCCCCAGUGGAGACCCCGGAAGACAAAGAGAGCCAGCAGAGGGAUCUGGCUGCUCCCGGAGCCAACAAGCGGCAGAAUCCCUUCCUGCUGAGUGACAGCGAGGCCCAGGACCUCUAUGACGAUGAUCUGGGACAGAAGUCGUUCCACCUGCACAAUGGCCAGCCGGCCUUCCGCCUGCAUGAGGUGGCCUUGCCACCCUUCCGCCUGCACGACACUAAUCCUGUUGUGAAACCGUGGAGCACCAGCAGCCGCUUGGAUGUGGUGGAGGGCCAGGAAGACACGCUAGCCAAUGGCGACAUCCAGAAGAGGAGCCGCCCAGUGCCCGAAUUCAUGGAGCUGGACGAGUACAGCUGCCACCGUGGGGACCCCUCCAGCUUCUCCUUUGAACAGGAAUGGGCCAACGAUGCUGACGAACUGAUCCGCAGCCAGGAAGCAGCUCGCAGCCGGACGUGCAGCUGCUCCAGCUCAGAGCUGCAGCGCUGCCGGUGCUACAGCCUCUCAAGCCAGUCAGAGCCUCUGGACCAGCAGAUGGGCUACGUCAGCGACUCCUCCUGCAACAGCUCCGAUGGAGUCCUGGUGAACUUCAGUGCCCUCUACAACAAGGCAAAUGGCCAUGCCCGUCCCAACCUCAAUUCCAGCAACCUGUCCUGUGACUCCUCUUCCGGCAGCCACUCAGACUCAGGGGCCUUUUACCUCGACUUGCACUCGUCGCCGAGGGAGCCGAAGAUGCCCUGCGAGCCGCACUGCCUGGAGGGCUCGGGUGGGAAGGCCUGUGGGUGCCACCACUCAUCCUCCCCUGUCUUGGAUGCCAACUGCAACUCCUACCCGCCGCUCUGUGACCCGUGCGCCUCGGAGGGCUCCGACCUCACCGCCUGCUUCCAGAGCCAAGCACGGCUGGUGGUGGCCACCCAGAACUACUACAAGCUGGUCACAUGUGACCUGUCUUCCCAGUCUUCCCCCAGCCCUGCUGGCUCCUCCAUCACCAGCUGCUCGGAGGAGCACACCAGAGGCAGCCCCGUCCAGCCCACUGAAUACUACCUGUUCCAGAGGCCGGAUGCCCAGCGGGAGGAGAGUGACACUGACUGUUCCAGGGAGGAGUCGCAGGGGGAGGCCGAGAGAAAUGCCAUCGAAGGGCAGGUGUAUGUCAACAUUUCCCCUCCCACCCUCGCCGGCGGGAGGCUGCGGUCCAAGAGCUACGACCUCCACCUGGACCGCAGUCCCAGCAGCCGGCUGGGCUCCUUGGAGCGCAUGAUGAGCUGCCCGGUCAAGCUGAGUGACAGCCCAGCCCUGGCCAUCCAGAGCACCCCACCCAAACGGGUCACUUCCUUUGCAGAGCUGGCCAAAGGCCGGAAGAAGAAUGGCGGCUCACCCCCGCUCCGGGCCAGCAGGGAUCCCUCUCUGGAGUUCUGUCCAAUCCCAGAGCACCAGAAGGACAGCGCUGCCUUCUCUGACGACCGGGCGCGACACAGCCAGAGCCUCCCGCCCCUGAGUCACGCCCUCAGCCGCAACUGCGACAGCCACCACGGCUCCGAGCGGGAAAGACUGAGCACCUCUGGAAAGGGCCUGGCCUCCAAGGAGAUGCCUUCCUGUGGGCAAGAUGUGCCUGAGCAGCUGCGUCUCUCUGCUGUGAUGGAGCCAGGGCCCAAUUCUGCUGGCAGCCUUGGCCAGAAAGACCUUCGAGCGAGAGCUGAUGGCGGUGUAGGAGACAGCAAGGCUGUUGUGCGCUACAGCAAGGACCAGCGGCCCACCACGCUGCCCAUCCAGCCCUUUGUGUUCCAGCACCACUUCCCCAAGCAGCCCAAGGCGCGGGCCCUGCGCAGCCACUUUGUCUCCAGCCUGUCCCAGCUCUACAGCCGCUCUGCCAGCCAGCAGCUCUCCACCACCUCCCAGUCCUCCGCGUCCGCCUCCUCCGCUGACCAGCCCAUGGUGGGGGGGACCCUGGUGCACAGCCAGCGCUCUGCGGAUGGAGCCGCCGCCGCUUCCCUCAACGACGUCUGCGCCAAGAAGCCUGUCCCGGAGACCACCCGCCUGUCCCCGCUGGGCAGCUACUCUCCCGUGCGGAGCAACGUGCCUUUCUUCCAAAGCGAGGACUCUUCCUCCAACUCACCGACUCCCGAGAGCCAGCCCCCCCGAAGCCGGUCCUGCCCCAUCUCUGCCAACCUCCUGCCCACCAAGCCUUCCCCAGCCACAGGCACCAACCUCAGCGGCAACCCCAAUGUCCUCCAUGCAAGGGAGGAGAGCUCUGCCCCUGUGGCCAAGAAGGUGGUGGCGGCGGUGCUGCUGCCAGAACUAGACACCUCUCGGUCCAAGUGCCAGCUCCACCCUGGCAGCUCCCUGCCCCCCUUGUUGCCGGCUGGGCUCAGCCUGGCCAGGGCAGGGGGCCACAGCGAACCUCAAUGGCAAGUCAGCUGCAAUGAGGCUGUCAGCGCGGGAUUGUUGGGCUCUGUCGGCCCCCGGCCCCUCAAUGCAAACCAUCUCUCUCCGCAAGCGCUCAAGUGGCGGGAGUAUCGCCGAAGAAACCCGUUGGGACUGGACCGCAUUCCGGGGCUGGCGGGCAGCCUGGACUGGAAGCAGCGGGAGAGCAGGCGCCCUUGGAGGAAUCCCAUCUUUGAGUUCCCCGGUGCCUUGAACGGCAACUGCAGACUCAACGGACAUUGGCUGAAGCAGCCGCAGCUCAACUACACCGACUUCUACCCGGACUAUUUCUCCUUGGCAGAAAAGCCCCCAGCCGAAUUCUGCCUCUCCCCAGAUGGCAACACGGAGUCCAUCUCCAUUGAUCUGCUACAGAAGAAGGGUCUGGUCAAGGCAAUCAAUAUGGCUGUGGACCUGAUUGUGGCGCAUUUUGGGACCAGCCGAGACCCUGGAGUGAAGGCCAAACUGGGGAACAGCUCCGUCAGCCCCAACGUGGGGCACCUUGUCCUGAAGUACCUGUGCCCAGCCAUCCAGGACGUGCUCAGCGACGGGCUCAAGGCCUACGUGCUGGACGUCAUCAUCGGCCAGAGGCGGAACAUCCCCUGGAGCAUGGUGGAGGCUUCCACCCAGCUGGGCCCCUCUACCAAGGUGCUGCACGGCCUCUACAGCAAGGUCAGCCAAUACCCUGAGCUCACCAGCCACACCAUGCGCUUCAACGCCUUCAUCUUCGGCCUACUCAACAUCAGGUCACUGGAGUUCUGGUUUAAUCACCUCUACAACCACGAAGACAUCAUCCAGGUGCACUACCGGCCGGUGGGCUUCCUGCCCCUCGCGCAUGGGGUCUGCCAGGGCCUCUUUGAGGAGGUGCUGCUCCUGCUCCAGCCCUUGUCCCUCCUGCCGUUCAGCCUGGACCUCCUCUUUGAGCACCACCUGCUGCAGGUGGGCAGAGAGCAGCAGCAGCAGAAGGAGCUGCUCCGCGUCCAGCAGGGCCUGGUCCUCUCGGCCCACUCCACCCUGCAGAUGAUGAAGAGCCGCGGAGGAGGAGUGGGCAGCUGGGGGGCAGCCGAGCAGAGUCCCAGCCCGGAGGGCCAGGGGCAGUCCCUGGUGGAAGCAGCAGGAAGGGCCAAGGGGCUGGGGGCCCCCUCCGAGAGGGAAGAGGGGGCGGAGCGGCAGAAGGCCCCGGGGGCCGCCUCGGAGCUCAAGAGGGACAAGCAGGCCAGCUGGUGGUACCAGCUCAUGCAGAGCUCCCAAGUCUAUAUUGAGGGCUCGGCUGAGGGCUCCCGUUCCACCCGCUGCGAACGGAAGAAGAAGGCCGGGCUGGGGGCUGUUGCCCCCUGGCAGGCGGAGCCCAAGAAGGGGCCUCCCCCGCGGGAAGGAGUGGUGGAGGGGGCCGAGGCUUGCCCCAUCUCGGAAGGGCCUCUCAGAGACAGGCCCCCAGCGGAGGAGGCGGCAGCAGCAGCGGCAGCACCCGCGUGGAAACAGGAUCCCUCCUUAGCCAGGGGGGGAGCGAAGGAGAAGAGCCCGCGGCCCUCCUGGAUGGGCAGCCCCCCAGACUCUGUGCUUACUGAGUUGAAGCACCCCAAGGAGAAGGAGGCUGGGCCGACCCCGAACCAGGCCCCCCUGGAGGAAAGCAGUCCUGGUGCCCCUGACAACGCCCCCCCCAAAUGGGGACACCUCUUUGGCUCUCGGAAGGCGCCCAAGGAGCUGAAGCCGGCCAACAGGCUGCCAUCGGGGUGGCUGAGCUUGGAUCGUUCUGUGCUCCAGCUGAUGGCGCAGACAGUGGGAGCCACCGUGUGGAGAGAGGCUGCCCCGGAGCCUGAGAGGCUGCCGGCAGAACUGCCGCCUUCGCACCCCACGCAGCGGCGGAGGCAGCUGGACAGGGGUGCGUCCCCUGAGACCCCAUGCGAGGUCAAGGCCCUCUGCCACCACAUCGCCACUGAGUCUGGGCAGCUGAGCUUCCAGAAGGGGGAUGUCCUGCGUGUGCUGGGCAAGGCGGACGGUGACUGGCUGCGGUGCAGCCGUGGAGCGGAGAGCGGGCUGGUGCCCGUCAUGUACAUCACCCACAUGGAGGACGAGGACUAUUGAUGGGGGGUGGCGGGGGGCAGCCAGAGAAGCACAGACAUACCCCACUUCCGCGUAGCCUGACUGUGCCCACCCAACGAAACAAUGGCGGGCACGGCUUCCUCUCUCCUGCCUCUUCGUAUCUCCUUGCUGUGAUGGAGACUCAGUAACUGCAGCUGUUCUCCACCUGCCGCCUCCUCUUUGGGGGUUGUCAGGGGUCUCACAUUGCCAAGCGCCACCAUGCAUGCUGCUGCUGCUCCCUCUCUCUCUGUCCACCACCAGGUCUCCAUCACCUCUGCUUCACCUCCAAUGUAGACCUUUGGCUGCUAGGACUAUUGAAAUCUGGGCGGGAUGUGGUUGCCCUCACUAAGCAUGGUGGUGCAGCCUGUGUCAAGCCAAAAGCCCCAGCAUGCAUUGCUCCUCUUCCAUCCCAGUCCGCUGGCAGGGGCCCGCUCCUCUGUAGGCUGCCCCUGGUGGCUGCAGGCAGAAUUGCUGUACAGCCUCUAGAACUGUGUGCGACCCUAUAUUAACACGACAUUGUGUCUUGUGCCCUGCCACGCCGCAGGGGCCCACGUGCAGCCAGUGGGAGCAGGCCCACGUCUGGGGCAUUGAGUUUUGGUGGGAAGGAGGUGAACCCCCCUCCUUCAGAGGGAAGGUAGCCCAGCCCACAUGCGUGUGUGUGUGUGUGGCGUGUUUGGUAGAGGUUAAUGGCCGUUCAGUGUUAGAAGUAGACUCAUCUGUGGGUGUUGCCCACAAGGGGGGAUGGGAUGGGGCGGCCCUGCUGUAGCAGGGGAAGGGGCGGGUCUUCCAGUUGCAGUGGGGUGCCCUCUCCCACCAAGGCCAAUGACACAGCAACAGGCCCUGUGGGGCCACCAAGGCACAAGCAGGCAGUGCUGGUGGAACUGCCUGAAAUGUACGGGGGGGAGAGGGAAGGAUUUUCUGUGGGGUUAGAAACUCCACCGUUAUCCCUUUCUGUGCUGUGUUCCUAAUGGUGGGGGGGGAGCUCCAGGCCUUGUGCCUCCCCCACCCCCACAUCUCCAUGUAGCCAGUGGACAGUGUUCAUGCAAAGGCCUGCCAGUCAGUCAGUAUUGAGGGGCUCAGCUGGGGCACCCCUGGCUUGCCCCUGCCUUGCCACUCAGAGGGGAUCGCUGCCGUCGCAACAUUUGCUCCUGCCUGUACAUUAGGCUCCUGUGGAAAUGGCGCCAUAUUUAAUUUGUACUUCUGGCGUUAGAACAGGGGGUCUCGCCUUUAUUUAUUUCUUUAUUUAUUUAUGAUGCAUAUUAAUUAAAAAAAGGUGCUGACGAAGA